AUGAACUCAUCCACCAUCACCGUCCACUGGCAUGAUGCCAAUCAGCCGGUGUACUCGGUGCUGUUCCAGCCGGAGGUGGGGCAGACGUCGCCGUCGCCGCGUCUUGCCACCGGUGGAGGCGAUAAUAAUGUGCGUAUUUGGAGACUCUCUCCACAAAACGACAAGUCUCCAGUGCAAUAUCUCAGUUCUUUAAAUAAGCACACCCAAGCAGUUAAUUGUGUACGGUUUAGUCCCGAUGGCACGCAGCUUGCUACCGCGGGCGAUGAUGGCACCGUGCUCAUAUGGACACUCUCGCCGACGCUAGUACGGGAGUUUGGUGAAGAAGACGAUGGGGCCGUCGAAUCAUGGACGUGUCGCACGGCGAUGCGGGCACUGACGCUGGAAAUCUACGACGUGUGUUGGCUGCCGUGUGGCCGGUACGUGGCUGCGGGGCUGAUGGACCACGCGGUGCGGUUCUACGACGUGAAACUGGGACUAAUGGUGCACCAAGCGGUUGUGCACAAUCACUAUAUCCAAGGACUCGCGUGGGAUCCCCUCGGGAAGUACGUGGCGAGCCAGGCCGCCGACUGUGGGAUGUGCUUGUACGAGCUUGGCGAAGACCAUGACGAAAAUUCUCUAUUUGUCACAGAAACUUACAAGCUGUAUAAGGCCGAUGUGCCAGGUAAACGGCUUAGUGAGGACCCGACUGCUACCACCAAACAUGCUGGUCUUUACCACCUGGAGACACUCCAGUCGUUCUUCCGCCGUCCGGCAUUCUCUCCAGACGGGAACCUCUUGGCUACGGCGGCAGGGGUGUACCGGCCUGAAGCCGAUGACGAGACGAAUACCGUGUACAUAUCUGUUCGUACUGCGUUCCACCGACCGGUGGUACAUUUGCCGGGGCUCAAGCGGCCGGCGGUGGCCGUACAGUUUCUGCCGUUGGUGUACGAGCGGCUGACGCCCACGGCGGUGUUUGACCUUGCCUACAAAAUGGUGUUUGCGGUGGUAACACAGGACUCGGUGGUGGUGUAUGACACCGAGCGGCUCGAGCCCUUGGGAGUGGUGCUGAACGUGCAUUACUCGACCAUCACCGACUUGGCGUGGGACCGCGAUGGCCAGCGGAUCAUGGUGAGCAGUGCUGAUGGGUUUUGUCUGGUAGUAAGGUUUGAUGAGGGUAUUUUCGGGAAGGUUGUAGAUUUAGUACACCCAUCGCCUCCAGCUGAGGUGAGAAUCGCGGUGGAAACGAAGGUGGUUGACACACCCGAGCCAGCGAGUCCAGAAAAAAGUCUGGAGACUCCGGACAAGUCGCCCGGCCCGUCGAUUAUCAACCUACUACAGACGAAAAAGAAGGAGAAGAAGCGGGUGGCUCCGACACCCGUGGAGACGGUGGAUUUGGAGACACACUAA